AUGGGCUUGCCGGUUUGUGGACUCUGCCAAAGAAUCGGGUAUCAUUGUGUCUUUCCAGCAACAAGGAAGACACCAGCGCCCCGACGCCCGGUUGCCAAAUCAGGAUGUGAACGUCAGGUAGAACAACAAAACGACCGUUUCUUCAGCCUCGGACAAUCUUGCAUCAACCAGACGGUUCCCCCCAGCCAAUCAUCAUCAUUGUCGUCUUCGAGAAUAAAGAUUGUGGAUCGUAGCUUGGAUGAUGCCGCCAAUGCGCGCGACUGGACUUUAACGGAUUCCCUACCAGCCAGCCAUGACCGGCACUUCCAAAGUAAAGACCUCUACGGGAGCUCGCCUCAUGUCGUUGCUAAUGACUUCCACGUUGGCACUCCCGCCGGUCGAGACGCGGACGCGUGCGACCUUGGGGUCAGCGAACAAUUGGCGAUUGAGUUGAUCAGUAUCUAUUUUGACAAGAUUCAGGCCUGGCUACCAUUGCUGCAUCGGCCAAGAUUCUACGCUCAGUAUAACUGCAGCGCCGAUACCCUCCACCGGUUUCGAUCGACUGGGUAUUCCAUCCCAGAAGCGUUGCUGCUCCAAAGUAUGUUUGCUCUUGCCGCGCGUUUCUCUCCCAAUCCGUAUUUCAAGGGCCUGGCGCCAUCUGCCCGUGGCCAAGUAUUUGCCAGAAAAGCGAUGCAGCAUCAUGCCAAGCUACGAGUCGAGCUAGAGGAGCCAUGCCUCCUCCACCUCCAAGGAUGCAUUCUGCUUGCGAACUACUUAUUGACGUCAGGCCCUGACUAUCGAGCCUGGAUUCUCACAGGAGUCUGCGCCCGUCUUGCGUAUGAUCUUGAUCUGUGCAGCAUAGAUGGCUGUCAGAAUAUCGGCGAGGACAAAUUGGAGUGGACCCAAUUGGAGGAGCGCAGGCGGGCAUUCUGGCUGGUGUGGGAGCUGGACACCUUUGGAUCAACCUUGUCAAAGCGACCUACCGCAAUAAAUAAUCAAAGGAUGACGGUAUGUCUCCCGGUCAGCGAUGAGAUGUGGUUUGCGGACAUGCCUGUUCAGUCGGUAGUCUUGCACCCAAAUCCAGCGCAAGCCUGGAAGGGCCUACCAGACUGCCCGAAUCAAGACGAGCGAGCGUGGUUCCUCACGGCCAACUACUUAAUGGCGGCUUCACAUGACAUGUAUUCGCGCCAGGUUAGUUGCCAAGAGGAACAAGAGGAAUUGAUCGACUCAAUACUCUGUUUUGCCUUCGCAUUUUCGCAACGCUUCAGCUUAGAGGCUUGUCCACUGGUUUUCGACUCGGAAAGCUUUUCAAGGUGUAACUGGAUUAUUUCCACGCAUUUGAUGCUAGCUUCGGCUCGCAUCAGUCUUGCCAAUGCCGAGAGGAUGGCCGUUUUUCGAGCAUCUAGCUAUGCGCGGGAAUGCUCUCGUAUUCUGCGCUCCUGGCACCCCGACUACAUCGUCUUGAGCCACCCCUUCGUUGCAUGCUUGUUGCUCCCGAUUUGGGUCCUUUCGCCACGCGAUUUGCUGAGUCCGCCGGAAGAUUCGGAACGAAUUAGAAGCAUGCCAUAUUCGGUACUGAAGCAGAUAGCCUCUGUUUGGGGGAUAGGUUCAGAGCUACUGGGUGAGAUUGUACCCGAGCUAGCUCCCUAUGGACGUAUUCUAACAAAGAGACAGAGCUGGUUGCUGUGUUGUCUUGCCGCAGCAACAUUCUGUGCAAGGCUAAGUCAUUGGCCAAACGUUAUGCAAUAUUCUUUCCAGACCCAGUCCUGUCCGCGACAUCCACAUGCGAACCGUCAGUGA